AUGAAAUCCAUGAAGGGCCUUUCUAUGAAUAAGAUGCUGGGGAGCAUCAGGAAAAAGACCAGUAGCACAGAUCGUUCAGCUGCCACGACACCAGGGGACACCCCCGAAGUAACGGCCCAUAACAGCGUGAAAGCAUUUUGCGAAUCUGGCGGAACCGCAAAGAGCGAGGAAGUGCUUUUCCUCCCCCCGAUUGUCGAUGCCGCCGAGUCCUCACCCACCGCCGCUGCCGAAUGCGCACGCAUCAUUAGGAAAUACAUGUCCAAGGAGUAUUCCUCGCGGCCGUCAUGGCAGUACAACGCCAUCAUGCUGAUGCGGAUACUGGCCGACAACCCGGGCGAGACGUUUACGAGGAACCUCGACACCAAGUUUGUAGACACAACUCGGGCGUUGCUCAAGGGCACAAAGGACAACAGUGUGCGCCAGAUCCUCAUGGAUACGCUGGACGACUUUGAACGCACCAAGUUUUACGACGAGAACUUGACCCUGAUUAUUACACUAUGGCAGGAGGAGAAGGAAAAGGCGAUCAAGCAGCAUGGAGGUCGAGCACCUACACUACCGCAACGCCCUCCGCAGUCAGCGGCGCCUGAUAACGGGUAUUCCCAAAACUACUUCUCCAGGCAUCACAGCAACCACCGGCUACCCGAACCCGUCGAGCUGACUAGUCGGCUAGAAGAGGCGCGGUCCUCCGCAAAACUACUAGAACAGCUUGUCAUCAACACACCGGCAGUCGAGUUGCUUGAGAACGAGCUCAUCAGGGAGUUUUCUAACCGAUGCCUGAGUGCUUCAAGGAGCAUCCAAGGCUACAUGGUGUCGACCGAUCCCGCGCCAGACAACGAUACCAUGGAGAGCCUCAUCGACACCAACGAACAGCUGCAGACUGCGCUUAGCCAGCACCAACGUGCUAUACUUAGCGCCCGAAAACAGCUGGGUCUCAACGAGCGAUCCGAGAACCCAUCGCCUGCUCCUGAACAGCAAUCACUUCACGGCUCUAAUGGCGUUCAGGGAUGGCAGGUCCCCAAUGCAUCGUCAUCUAGAUCUAGCCCCGCCCCUCCCAAUGUCUCAGUUGGCAACGGAAAGGGCAAAGACACCGACCUUUAUAGCCCUCCGUCUCAUCCUCCACCAAACAAUGGCAAGCAGGUAGACCCGGGCCGCGGCAGAGCUCCUCCCCCGGAGUCCGAGCCUCUGGUAGAUCCAUUCAGUGAUCCGCAACCAGGUGGUGCCAGCUCCAAUGGUCAUCUAGCCGUCAUGGAUGAGCCUUUCCACCCUGGUUUUGGGUUGAAUAACCAUCGAGAUGGCUCGUCAACACACGGCACCACUGGAUCCGGUGUUGCUUCCGAGAAUCAUUCGACACACAAUUUACAGCCUGACUACCAAGUUUCAGACGACGAGGACCUUUAUACUUCUCCUCCGAAGAGCAGCAAGGAGCCCAUGUAUCGAUACUGA